AAGAGGUCCGACUCGUGAGGAAACACAGCUGUGUGACUUUGGUUCCGACUACGAAUGGACGCUUUGCUCAAGAAAAUAAAGUGGUCUGUGGGACUUUCAGUUUCGAUUCCGAAGAAAACCGUCUCAUGAUGUCGCUAUAUGAAGAUAUUGUGAAGUUCGUCUCGAUUAACCUUAAAUGCCCUAUAUGUAUGGAGAUUUUCACAAAGCCGGUUACACUAGUAUGUGGGCAUAACUAUUGUCAGAAGUGCAUUAAUGCAUGUUGGGCAAAGAGCAGCGCAAGAAGGGAUUGCCCACAUUGCCGUGCAGAUGUGAGCAGUAGUAAACUAGAGAUGAAUUUCACUCUGUGUGACAUACUGGAAUUACAGGACCUUGGUGGUCGCGAGAAAUGGGAGCAAAUUCUGGCAGAAGCAGAUCAAACGCCACACGCUACGAGAACUGUUACAAGAGUGGAUAGUUUAACGAAACGUCUGGAUUGGUUAAAAGCUGAGAUCAAAAAGACGGAAGCAACACUUUCAGCUGAACUAAAAUCAAAUCAGCCUUGUGAGGAUGGCAUUUAUAAUUCCUCAAUUGUUCCGAUGGAUGUUUCCAGUUCGUCUUUAGACAGUGAUGCUUCAAGUUGCUAUGCUGGCAUAAGUUUGAGUCAGACAUCAUGGGAUUUACCUUCUCAGUCUGAAGAGGAGAGUUCACAGGAGUUUGUAGAAGAGGGUCCAGAGAAUUCAGAAUCUCUGUUUGAGGAUGCUCACCUCACUCCCAGUGCUGGAGCACAGCAGCGCAACAGAGACAGUGCUGAGGCUGGUCUUCAUGCAGAGUUCGUUGACCUUACUUUUUCUCCCCAGCUGGGAAACAGGCGGCUGGUUUUUCACACGGAGAGCCGCAGAGUAGAAACACACCCGGGGCACCAAGCAAGAACCUCACACGGGCGUUUUGAUGCCUGUCAGUGGAUGGCGGAGCAGGAAUUCAGAGGAGAGUGGGUUUACUGGGACGUGGAUACCACAUUCAGCACUGGAUGGGCUGUUGGUGUGGCAUAUCCCAGUCUGAAGCGUAAUGAGAGGUUGGGAAGAACACCCUCAUCUUGGUGUUUGGAGUGGAGCAGUGGGCAACUGAAUGCUUGGCACAAUAAUUUAAAAACCUCUGUUAAGCAUAGUAUCCAUAAUGGGAUCAGAGUCAUUCUGGACAUGCCAAAAAAACAGUUGUCCUUUCAGAGUCUGUGCAAUAGCCAGCUUGAAUUACACAGUUUCCAGGUGGAUUCUUCUGGCCCUUUCAUACCUGUCUUCUGGCUUUAUGGACUGUCACAUAAUGCCUUAACCUUUCCUAGACAUUGAGUUCAGGAUAACAUAGAUCUGUAGCAUUUACACUUUAUACUUUUUACACUCUAUUUUGUUUACAUAAUAUGCAUUCUAUUACUAGUACUAUAUAAAUCUAUACUAUAUGAAUCUUGAAUUUUCUGUUUUUUUUUUUUUUUUUUUAUAACAUACAUGUCUAAUUUGGCUUUCUGGCUUUUAACCAUUUAGCCACACAUCCAUAUUAUUAUAGGACUGAAGAAUGUCCCUUUUAUACUAUCCUGGUUAAUUCUACAAUUUUAGAUUGCAAUACUGCUAAUAUUUUUGGCUCCUUUAUGAUGCUUUCUUCUUCUUCAUUGUAUUUUGGGCACUUUAGAUAAAAGUUAAAAUUUACAUGUAUAAAUGACUGCUGUAACAUACUGUAAUCUUAAUAAGUCCAAAUGGGUGCCCUAAGCAGGAUUGUAUUGUUGUGCCCCCUUCCUCAAAUUUGAUGAUGGAAAAAAAAAACAACUAUAGGGGUGAAAAUAGAACUU